AUGGCUGACGUCCACCAGCACACUGCAACCAGCCCAGAGUCUGCCACGCCCACCGUCAACGACGAGUUUGCCACGCUCCGGCCCGUAGACCCGGAGACAGGCGUCGAAGGGCACGAAGACGAUAAAAAGAUGUCCAAGGAACGUGUGGAGGACUCCCAGGAGUCUGACCCCAGUGUACUGAUCGUCAAUUGGGAUGGUCCUGACGACCCCCUCAAUCCCAAGAACUGGUCAUCGAGGAAGAAGUGGGCCGCGACCGCCGUCGUGUCCGCAUUCACCUUCAUCUCCCCGCUCUCAUCCUCGAUGAUGGCCCCCGCCAGCGACCAGAUUGCCAGCGAGUUCGGCGUCACGAACGACAUUGUGAUCGCGAUGAUGACUUCAAUAUUUGUCGCUGCAUUCGCAUUUGGCCCUCUACUUUUAGGCCCGCUUAGCGAGGUCUACGGCCGCGCCCGCGUCCUCCAGCUUGCGAACCUCUUCUACCUCGCUUGGAAUCUUGGCUGCGGGUUCGCACAAAAUACAGGGCAACUCAUCGCAUUCCGCUUCCUCGCAGGCCUUGGUGGAAGCGCCCCGCUCUCAAUUGGUGGCGGUGUUUUGGGCGACCUUUUCAGGCCCGAGGAACGAGGGGCGGCAAUUGCCAUCUACUCUCUCGCCCCGCUCCUUGGCCCCGUCAUCGGCCCAGCGUGCGGCGCCUGGGUUGCUCAGAAGUCGACCUGGCGUUGGGUGUUCUGGUCAACGUCAAUUGCAUGUGCACUCAUCCAGGGUCUCGGCCUCAUCUACCUCCGUGAAACGUUCCCCCCUGUGUUGCUCGAAUGGCGAGCGCAGAAAAUUCGCAAAGGCCUCGACCCAGAGAAGGGCCAAUACCGUGAAGUCCGCACCGUGUUUGACGGCGCCGAUCGACACUGGAGGCACAUCAUUGCGAAAGCCCUUGUCCGCCCCUUCGCGCUCUUCGUCCGCGAACCGAUCGUGCAGCUCCUUGGUGUCUACAUGGCGUUCCUCUACGGCACGCUCUACAUCUUCCUUACCACCAUGCCCUCCAUCUUCGAGGGCACCUACCACCAGGACGUCGGCAUCGCUGGUCUGCACUACUUCGCGCUCGGCGUCGGCCUCUCUGGCGCCUCGCAGAUCAACGCGCGCACGCUCGACAAGGUCUACCGCUACCUCAAGGACCGCAACGGCGGCGUCGGCCGCCCCGAGUUCCGUCUCCCGCCGAUGGUGCCCGGCUCGCUCCUGCUCCCCAUCGGGCUGCUCAUCACCGGCUGGACCGCGCGCGCGGACGUGCCCUGGAUCGCGCCCGACAUCGGCAUCGCGCUCGUCGGCGCGGGCACGAUCCUCAACUUCCAGUGCAUCCAGACGUACGUCGUCGACGCCUUCACGCUCCACGCCGCCUCCGCGCUCGCCGCCGUCACCUUCCUGCGCUCGCUCGCCGGCUUCAGCUUCCCGCUCUUCGCGCCCGCGAUGUACCAGGCGCUCGGGUUCGGCAAGGGCGACACCAUCCUCGCCGCGUUCGCGAUCGCCGUCGGGAUCCCCUCGCCGUUCUUGCUGUGGAAGUACGGCGAGCGCGUCCGGAAGGCGAGCAGGUAUGCGAAGUAG